CACAGAGGGAAGGGGCGGGGCCUCCACAGGUCGGUGCCGGAAGUGCCUCUCCGCCCCUGCUGCUGGACCAUGGAGACCGUGGCCCAGUAGAGACCUUAGUGUGAGACUUACAGGGGCGGUGGCCAUGGAGGCCGUGCUAAACGAGCUGGUGUCUGUGGAGGAUCUGAAGAAUUUUGAAAGGAAAUUUCAGUCUGAGCAGGCAGCUGGCUCUGUAUCCAAAAGCACACAGUUUGAGUAUGCCUGGUGCCUGGUGCGAAGUAAAUACAAUGACGACAUCCGUAGAGGAAUCAUGCUCCUGGAGGAGCUGUUGCCCAAAGGGAGCAAAGAGGAACAGCGGGAUUAUGUCUUCUACCUGGCAGUGGGCAACUACCGUCUCAAGGAGUAUGAAAAGGCUUUGAAGUAUGUACGAGGACUGCUGCAGACUGAGCCCCAGAACAACCAGGCCAAGGAGCUGGAGCGCCUCAUUGACAAGGCCAUGAAGAAAGAUGGACUAGUAGGCAUGGCCAUUGUUGGUGGCAUGGCCUUGGGUGUGGCCGGGCUGGCUGGACUCAUUGGACUAGCUGUCUCCAAGUCCAAAUCCUGAAGACAGCCUCACCUGCUCUCUGCCCUGGCGCACCUGGGAGCCUGGGGGACACUGGAAGAGGGUCCUGUCCAUCCUCACCAAUGCCUUUCCUUUUCUUCCCCAACCAACCCUGUCGUCCACCUCUACAGUCUCUGUGACCUUCAACCUCCCAUCCCCUGGCACCUGUUGUCUAACCCUAAGUCAUGCUUCGCAAUGAGUGUAAAUAAAAUUGGGCUGUGGCUUGGGAA